AAUAGCUUUUCUAUGCAUUUAUUAGUCUUCUUAUUUUAGGGCACUAACAAGUAUAGACAGUCCCGCAAGAAGUGACUCGGCUUCGCGGGCUCAAGAGUUUCUGGACGAUUCUCCGCACUCUACCCCAACAUCUCAUACAGGCGGUGCGCAUAUGGGGCAUAAAACACUCGAAGAUAUACUGCCGAAUACUUCCGCAAAUCCUCUCAUCAGUGCGCUGUUGGAUAAGAAAAAAGUGCAGGUGAGUAGUAUCCGGCACAACGAAUGGGUCACAACGGAUGAUGACAUCUCGCGUUCCACUGCUGCUGAUGCUACAUCAAUAACGUCUGUUGGGGAAACUAUCGGGAACGCAGCUGUACAGAAUUCAUUUGGUUUCCCUGCUGAUUUAUUUUCAACGCCACCACCAACAAUCAAUCCAUAUGCCGCACUUCCACAGCACAUAGUGUCUGAGAUAACUGCAGGAUUGUCCGCUCCUCCUCCAGUUUCGUUCCAGGUUCCACCCCCAAGCGUCAUUGUAGGCAAUAUCCCGCCUAAUCAUGGUACUGCGGGAUUCGUCAGUCAAGGAAUCAUUCCGAAUGGUACGGGUAUGGCUGUGCCCACAGAAGUGGCAAAGCCGGUGACUAUCUUCCCCACAAAAAUUGCAGUUGAUUACGAAAGAGACAUCAUUCCUAGGUCGCCAACACCGCCCCCAACUCCACCUCGUAGACCCAACCCACGUCUACGGCCAGGAGCCAUGGGUAAGUUCAUGCAUCUCAUCAGGAUUUCGUGA